AUGGAUGCGUAUGAUCGUAGCAACAAAGUGGAAAUUAAAAAUUUAAAUUCAUCCGCAGUGCAGUGCUCGCUGGGUUCGGGAAGAUUUGUGAAAGCUUGCGUUUUUGAUGCGAACAGGUUUAGAUGGUACCCCAUAGCUGUGUAUAGACGGAAUCAUGAUUUAACCUUCCUCCAAGAGAAAAGCAAAGAGAAGUACAACCCCAACUAUGGGUACGAGCCGUACUGGGCGGACGGCGACUGGGUGCUCACGCAGACGCCCUCGGGCUCCACGGAGCCGGGGCUCGCGUGUGGAGAGGAGUGCCAUGAUAUGUUCUACAAGUUUGGGCAAAUUUGCGGUAGAGGGAAGAACUACACACACAAAACUUUUGAGAACUACUGCGAGUUACUGAAUCAAGAUUGUACGGGGCGUGAGAAAUGGAUGAUAGCCUACCGAGGACCCUGUCAGGAGGAACUGAAGACCAGACCCACGAGACAAAAGGAUCUCAUUCCAAGAGCAGAGAAAUAUAUAAAAGACUUUGAAAUAAAUAAUCCUUCCACUGUGAAAUUAAAGUUUAAGACGCACCACAGCAGAACCAAAGCUCAUGCGUAAUCCAUAAAUACAUGUUGGAAGUUAUAUACUCAUUUGUAUUGUUCAAAUUACAGUUCACGGAAGUAUUUUAUACAAAUUUUGUUAAUAAUAAGUAUUUAUUUUAAUUUAUUAUUGAAAAGGAAAGGAAUAAAAAAAUACAUAUAUCCGCAGUCAACGUAUAAAUUGAAAAACUUUAUUUAUUAAUUUUUAUAAUAAAAUCGCGCAAUAAAAGUUUUCAUUUAAUGUAACAUGUUUAUGAGAGCGUUCUUGAUGCGAAAAAUUCGCUCGUUAAUUGUUAAUUACAGGCCGCUUACAACGAGUAAACGAUUAUUU